AUGCUGCUCUGCGUGCAGAAGCUAACGGCACAGGAGGCGUGCAUCAAAGGGCUGGUCUCCCGGGUGUUCUGGCCUGGGACUUUCACCCAAGACGUCAUGGACUGCAUCAAGGAGCUCACCUCUUGCAACACCGUCGUGCUGGAGGAAUCCAAGACCCUUGGGCACUGCAACAUGAGGUUGGAGCUGGAGCAGGUCAACGAGCGGGAGUUCGAGGUGCUAAAGAAGAUCUGGGGCUCGGCGCAGGGCAUGGGCUCCAUGCUCAAAUACCUGCAGAGGAAGACUGAUGAGUUGUGA